ACGCUGACAACAGUCGUGAAUUCAAACUAAAUUAUAGAAUUCUACUACCGGUACUUUGUUGGGUUAGUUCGGAACUAAAUAAUCCGAGCUACGAGUUAGUGCAGCGGGGCGGUUGAUCAAAUUGCUGUACACAGAUGGGAAUUUCCUGUUUCUAACACUGAAGCGUUGAAGAGGAAGGCAAGCUGAAGCCUGAUAUCUGUCUUUGCAGUCUUGAUUGCUGCAAUCGUCAGACCAGAUUUCAAAAUGCCCAAAAAGAAGACUGGUGCUCGUAAGAAGGCGGAAAACCGCAAAGAGCGAGAGAAACAAAUGCGAGCAAACCGGGACCAAGUUGAUUUGGCAAAACAUCCUUCCAAUGCUUCAAUGGAAUGUGACAAGUGCCAAAGACGGCAGAAAAACAGAGCCUUUUGCUACUUCUGUAGUUCGGUACAGAAGUUACCAAGCUGUGCCCAGUGUGGAAAAACUAAAUGCAUGAUGAAAUCGUCCGAUUGUGUGAUAAGGCACCCGGGGAUCUACAGCACUGGUCUAGCAAUGGUGGGGGCAGUCUGUGACUUCUGUGAGGCAUGGGUGUGCCAUGGAAAGAAAUGUCUUGGCACACACGCCUGCAUCUGCCCCCUUGUAGAUGCAGAUUGUAUUGAAUGUGAAAGAGGAGUCUGGGAGCAUGGAGGAAGAAUAUUCCGCUGCUCUUUCUGCAACAACUUCCUGUGCGAAGAUGAUCAGUUUGAGCAUCAAGCCAGCUGCCAGGUUCUGGAAGCAGAAACAUUUAAGUGCAUUUCAUGCAACCGCCUUGGACAACAUUCUUGUCUGCGCUGUAAGGCUUGCUACUGUGGUGAUCAUAUCCGCAGCAAAGUGUUUAAACAAGAUAAGGGAAAAGAGCCACCCUGUCCCAAGUGUGGGCAUGAAACACAGGAAACCAAGGAUCUCAGCAUGUCCACUCGCUCUCUCAAGUUCGGUCGACAGAGUGGGGCAGAUGACGGAGAUGGUGCCUCAGGUUAUGAGGCCUACUGGAAGAACCUGGCAACAGGAGGCGGCGCUGGAGGGGAUGAGGAUUACAAUGACGAGGAGUAUGGAGACGACGAAGAUGACGAUGAUGAUGAAGAUGAGGAAGAGGAGGAUAAGGAGUCCGACACUGAAGUCUCUGAACCUUUCUCUGAUCUUAAUCUGGGGAGGACCUAUGCCAGUGGUUACGCCCACUACGAGGAAUCCCAAAACUAAACGUAUCGUUUAUGUAGUUGCUGUAUGCUUGAGUACUUGGAAGGAUACAGAUUUGAAAUUGCUAGCAAAAAGUUGUUUGACUUGAUUUGUACAACUUUGUAAAAUAAAUUGUAUUACUUGUGCUUUUAUUGUCAUAUUUAAACAAGACAAAUAAAUUAUAAUUAAUUACAGAUGGUUUCUGUAAGCUCUGUUAGGUUUUGAAUAUUUAUUUUACAUACAGGAAGUAUUUCACAAGUGCAUUUAUUAAGUGUCAUUAGUAAGGCCUGUAGUUUUGCAUCUUACCUGUAAUUUAGUCAUACAGAGAAGAGAUGUCAGUUUGUGCUGCGCAUCAUGUGACUUGGCAAAACACUGAAAUUCAAAAUCAAUUAUUGUAAGGUGACAUUGGUUUUAUGUUGGGAAAUAUUUUUAAGAAAAAUAAAAAACUGAAAUAUCUUGCUUGCAUAAGUAUUGAACCCCUGUGCUGUGGAAGCUCCCAGUUUACACCGAUGAAAGAAAUUGCCCUAACGAGGACACAAUUACCUUACCAUUGGCCUCCACCUGUGAACCAUUAAAGUUGCUGUCACAUUUUCUGGAUAAAAACCCCACUGUUGAAGGAUCAUUGGUCAGGCUGUGAAUCUGAAGGAAAAUGAAGACCAAAGAGCAUUCUACAGAAGUUAGAGAUAAAGUAAUACAAAUGCAUAGAUUAGGGAAAAGGUACAAAAUAAUAUCCAAGCGUUUGGAUAUCCCAGUGAGCACAGUUGGAUCAAUAAUCAGGAAGUGGAAGCUGCAUCACACCACCCAGGCACUGCCAAGAAAAGGCUGUCCCUCAAAACUCAGCGCUCAAACAAGAAGGAGACUUGUGAGAGAAGCCACAGAGAGGCCAACAAUCACUUUGAAGGAGCUACAGAGUUCAGUGGCUGGGAGUGGAGAAAUGGUGCACCAGUCAACCAUAUCAAGAGCUCUGCAUAACGCUGGCCUGUAUGGGAGGGUGUCAAGAAAGAAGCCGUUACUCAAAAAGUAUCAUCUGAAAACACGUCUGGAGUUUGCCAGAAAGCAUGAGAGUGACCCAGCUGCGAUGUGAGAAAAGGUUUUGUGGUCAGAUGAGACCAAGAUAGCUUUUCGGCCAAAACUCAAAGCGCUAUGUGUGGCACAAACCUAACACUGCCCAUGCCUCAAGACAGACUAUCCCUACAGUGAAGUAUGGUGGUGGCAGCAUCAUGCUGUGGGGAUGCUUCUCAUCAGCAGGGACUGGGCAUCUUGUUGAAAUUGAAGGAAGAAUGGAUGGAGCAAAAUACAGGGAAAUACUGCAGGAGAACCUGCUUCAGUCCACUAAAAAACUGAAGCUUGGGAGGAAAUUCAUCUUUCAGCAGGACAAUGAUCCCACGCACAAAGCCAAAGCAACAUUGGAGUGGCUCAAGAACAAAAAGGUGAAUGUCCUACAGUGGCCCAGUCAAAGUCCUGAUCUCAAUCCCAUUGAGAAUCUGUGGCACUAUUUGAAAAUUGCGGUCCACAAGCGUCGUCCAACCAACCUGAACAACCUGGAGCAAAUCUGCCAAGAAGAAUGGGCCAAAAUCACUCAGAGACUGUGUGCAAAGCAGGUAAAUACUUACCCCAAAAGUUGUUAUUGCAGCGAAAGGUGGCUCUACCAAAUAUUAGUGUGUGGGGGUUGAAUACUUAUGCAAGCAAGAUAUUUCAGUUUUUUAUUUUUCUUAAAAAUAUUUCCCAACAUAAAACCAAUGUCACCUUACAAUAACUGAUUUUUAGUUUCAGUGUUUUAAAAUAAAAUAUCAAACAGAACGAAAUUUCAGUGUACCAUUUGUAAUUCAGUAAUAUGAGAGAAUUGGUCAGGGGUCUGAAUACUUUUGCAAGGCACUGUAUUUGAACUCCAAUGUUACAGCUUUCAAACCACUGCAUCAAUUGCUCAUAUGUUUGCUUUUGAAACGUGGUAUAAUUUAAACAUUUCUACAGGACCUUUAACACUUGUGGUCAUGAUAUUCAGCUGCAGAAUACAAACUGCCCCACCCUGUUUACUUGAGUCAGGAGGGCACUUUUUCAAGCGUCCUUUCUGAUUGUGUCUUCCAGAUGCUCUUUUAAAGUACAGGUUUUAAAACUUUUUUGUUAUGGAUGCGAUCAGGUUUCUCAAGGCCCGUCAUUAGUAAUGGCUGUAAGGCAGAUAUUGCUUUGAGCGGAACAGAGGCUUUGGCAGCUUCAUUCUAGUACAGAUUAAUCAUUGCUUGGAGGUAUUUAGAGGGACACAAUGUAAUUCUAGAAGUGCCUCUGUUAUUAAGCACAAUGCAAAUUCCUUGUGAAACAUUAUACCUAAACUACCUCAUGUACAUUUUCAUGUGGUUCUUGCAGGAAUUGGAGCUGAAAGUACUAUAAACUCUGGUUAUGCUGAGACAAGUCAGAGAAAACACACAGGGUCUAAUUAAAAAAAAAAAAAAAUGGAAGAAAGUGUGCACACUCACACUCUGUGCCACUUCUUUUGUUGAUAUUAAUUAAAUAAGCAUUCAUUAUCUCCAUUAUAGUGAACAUCCCACCACAAGAAAUUAUUGGGUACAGUGCAGAAAUAAUAUGGAGCAUGUGUUGCUGUAUGAAACAAACAUUAUUUUAGAAAUAAAUGCACGUCACACUUCAAAAUAACAAGAAGCAAUUUAUUGUUUUUAAUUGUGUCCUAUUUUUCAGAAUGUCUGCGCAUACUAACACAAAUUGGAUAUGUGCUUACAAUAUGUGAGGUUUUAUGUAACCUUAAAGAGGUUUUAAAAAAUAUAUAUAUACUAUACAGACCUAAUUAGCAAUACACCCUUCUGUGGCUUAGCUUAUCUUAUCUUGCUUGAGGUGUAUUCAUUCAUGUAAGGAGGGAUGCAGGAGUUCCCUUUCAAGUACGAAAUGUAACCAUUGCUGAAUGGGUAUUAUUAUUAUUAUUAUUAUUAUUAUUAUUAUUAUUUAUUUAUUUCUUGGCAGAUGCCCUUUACCUCCUAAAGACCUGAAACCUGAAUAAAUAUAUCAAAGCUGCUCAGCCGAGCCUCUAUAACGCUUAUUGCUGGUUGUUAGUAGCUUAUUGAUCCCAGAAUCUCGUCAAGCAGCUUCUUGAAGGAUCCCAGGGUGUCAACUUCAAUAACAUUACUGGGGAGUUGGUUCCAGACCCUCACAAUUCUCUGUGUGAAAAAGUGUCUUCUAUUUUCUGUUCUGAAUGUCCCUUUAUCUAAUCUCCAUUUGUGACCCCUGGUCCUUGUUUCUUUUUUCAGGUCGAAAAAGUCCCCUGGGACGACGUUGUCUAUACCUUUUAGAAUUUUGAAUGCUUGAAUCAGAUCACCGCGUAGUUAAUUUGGUAACUGGAUUUGUGUUUUCCUCUUUUGUUCUGUUUAGUUUAAAUAGUUCAAAUGUUUGUCUUUCAUAUUGUGGGGAUGAUGUCAUGAGUUCCUCGGAGUCCGAGUUUGAGAUUCCACUUAAAGUGUCUGUUGUAAGUGAAGAUAGUAGCAAGGAUUAUGUUUUAGAAAAAUAAAAAUGCAAAAGAUCAAAAAGGUAUGUAAACUAGGAACGGACAGUAAAGUUUGAUCAUUUUGCCGAACCUAAAAAAGACGAAGCCCUAAAUAUCAUUGCCAGGAAAUAUGUAAGUGGGUUGUAAGCUUGUUUGACAAAUGGUUAAACGAAAGAAAUUCAAAAGCUGAGUUCAAAUCUAACAUCCAUGUAAUUGAUGAAGAUUUACGAACUGAUGAUGAAACUACUGUUGUUCCUGAACCUGUCCAGAAGAUAUGUGAAAUAAAAAUUAGAAGGGGGGUGUUUAUGUAGAAAUUAAUUUGUAAUUAUAAAAUUGUGAAUGUAUAAUUCUAUUAUUUUUGCAAGCAAUAUGAAAUGCUAAAAUGAAAUUGCAAGCCCUUUAAAGUGUUGCAUUUGAAAUGUGUAUUAACUAACUGUUGAAAUGAUUGUUGCGUAAUAAAAUGGACUUCGCUUUUUUGUUGAA